UACAUGACUAUUUUAGAUAUGACGAUUCGGAGGUUUAGAUAGUGGCUAGUAUGUGUUCGACGAAAUGCCUGUUAGAGAAAUCUCCUUCACAUACGGAUUAGAAUGCGCUAGUGGUUCUCUUUUCACGGUUUUCCUCUUUAUAUUAAAUGGCCCAAAUUCGGUUUCAUUUAGUGUUUGUUAGUAGUGAUUUUCUUUUUUCUGUUAUCCGGGAAGGAUAUAGUUUGUUCAGUUGUAAGCCAUUUGAGUCGAUUUCGUUUCUAUUUUUCUUGUUUCUUGUGAAUUCCUAUAUGGAGUUAUGUAUUCUGAAGCUGUUUGACGAGUUGAGCUGCCACUCCUUUGUGUCGUGCCGAAGCACCAACAUGAAUACAGCUGAUCCAGACAUUGCCAGCUAGUCUAGGCUUAGAGCUAAGAUCUAAUCAUAAAGAAAGAUGCCGCAUAGAACCCGGCCUAUGACAGCGCUUUUGGUGUUUACAGGACUCAAUGCAGUUUUAGUGUCAACCAUUGGUUCAGUGUAUGAUUUUGUGUGCUUCCUUCCUUACUGGGAAAGACGGAGAGAACGUCGCCGACAGGAUCGUGAAGCUUCUUUAGGAAAUGGUUCUCCACCCACGCUGAAGGGUACUUGAGGUCAGAAUAUUAAAGUCAAUGACACUCUUAGCACAUUUAUAUUGUAUCUUGAUAUGCAGUAGCUGUUUUCCUUAUGAAUAUUGAGGGAAAAGUAAGUUUGAAUAAACGAAUAUCUUCAUGUCCAGCUACAAUUUGUAGAACAAUAUCUGUCAAUUUUAGAACUUGAUAUAUGUGGGAUGCUGCACCAAAGAUUUUAUGGAAAUGGUUUACAU